UCUCUCGGCCUCUCCCGCCGGCCUCUCGCGCCCCCAGCUCGGCCCUGCAGGGGCGGCCAUGCAGCGGUGACAGCCCGGGACCCAGCGCGGCCUCGCCCUCCCGCCCGCCGCUCCCGCUGCCCGGAGGCGGCCGCAUCGGUUGUGGAGUACUCGCUCUCUCAUGUGCAAUCACUUUUUUUUUCCCCCAACCUCCUGUAACCUCUUAGUUUACGGUAGGGUAGGGGAUUGAACCUGGGACCUCGAGGCCCUCAGCUUUAAAAGUCUUCUUGCAUCACCAGUCUGCUGUCUCCCCGGCCCUGAGGGACCAUGGCCCAGGUAGCCGUGUCGACGCUGCCCGUGGAAGACGAGGAGUCGUCGGAGAGCAGGAUGGUGGUGACCUUCCUCAUGUCCGCUCUGGAGUCCAUGUGUAAGGAGUUGGCCAAGUCCAAAGCAGAAGUGGCCUGCAUUGCUGUGUAUGAGACGGAUGUGUUUGUCGUCGGGACGGAGAGAGGACGGGCAUUUGUCAACACCAGAAAAGAUUUUCAAAAAGAUUUUGUUAAAUACUGUGUUGAAGAGGAGGAAAAGGCUGCCGAGUUGCAUAAGAUGAAGUCUCCGUCCCAGUCCAAUCCGAUGAGCGUGGACGCCAUGGAGAUUGAGACCCUCAGAAAGACAGUGGAGGACUACUUCUGCUUCUGCUAUGGGAAGGCACUGGGCAAGUCCACAGUGGUCCCUGUCCCAUAUGAGAAGAUGCUUCGAGACCAGUCAGCCGUGGUGGUGCAGGGCCUUCCAGAAGGAGUCACCUUUAAACACCCGGAGAACUACGACCUGCCCACCCUGAAAUGGAUCUUGGAGAAUAAAGCGGGGAUUUCAUUCAUCAUCAAGAGACCAUUUCUGGAACCAAAGAAGCACCUGGGUGGCCGUGUGAUGGUGACAGACACCGAGAGGUCCAUGCUGUCCCCAGGGGGAAGCUGCGGCUCUGUCAAAGUGAAAACUGAACCCACAGAAGAAUCAGGCAUUUCCCUGGAAAUGGCCGCUGUGACAGUGAAAGAAGAAUCAGAAGACCCUGAUUAUUAUCAGCACAAUGUGCAAGCAGGCCCUUCUGAAACUGAUGACGCGGACGAGAAAGUCCCCCUUUCGAAGUCUUUGCAAGGGAGUCAUCCUUCUUCAGAAGUCAGCGAAGGAGCAGAGAUGGAAGUACCCGCAGAAGAUUCUACUCAGCAUGUCCCUUCAGAAACAAGUGAGGACCCCGAAGUUGAGGUGACUAUUGAAGAUGACGAUUACUCUCCUCCUACCAAGAGGCCAAAGAGCAAUGAACCUCCACAGCCUCCGGUCCCAGAGCCGCCAAAUGCUGGGAAGCGGAAAGUGAGGGAAUUCAACUUUGAGAAAUGGAACGCUCGAAUUACUGAUCUACGGAAACAAGUCGAAGAGUUGUUUGAAAGAAAAUAUGCUCAAGCAAUAAAAGCCAAAGGCCCUGUGACCAUCCCAUAUCCUCUCUUCCAGUCGCAUGUGGAAGACCUUUACGUUGAAGGGCUUCCAGAAGGAAUCCCUUUCAGGAGGCCGUCCACGUAUGGAAUCCCUCGGCUUGAGAGGAUAUUGCUUGCGAAGGAACGUAUUCGCUUUGUGAUUAAGAAACACGAGCUUCUGAAUUCAACCCGUGAGGAUCUGCAGCUGGAUAAACCAGCUUCAGGAGUAAAGGAAGAGUGGUAUGCCAGAAUCACUAAAUUAAGAAAGAUGGUCGACCAGCUUUUCUGCAAAAAAUUUGCUGAAGCCUUGGGCAGUGCAGAAGCCAAGGCUGUGCCUUACCAGAAGUUUGAGGCGCACCCGAGCGACCUGUACGUGGAAGGGCUUCCCGAGAACAUUCCUUUCCGCAGCCCCUCAUGGUACGGAAUCCCUCGGCUGGAGAAGAUCAUCCAAGUGGGCAAUCGGAUUAAGUUCGUUAUCAAAAGACCUGAGCUUCUGACCCACACUACUACUGAAGUCACUCAGCCACGAACCAACACACCAGUCAAAGAAGAUUGGAAUGUCAGGAUCACUAAGCUCCGGAAACAAGUGGAAGAGAUUUUUAAUUUGAAAUUUGCUCAGGCUCUGGGGUUGACCGAGGCAGUGAAGGUGCCGUACCCUGUGUUUGAGUCAAACCCCGAGUUCCUCUAUGUGGAAGGCUUGCCGGAAGGAAUCCCCUUCCGCAGCCCGACCUGGUUUGGAAUUCCGCGCCUGGAAAGGAUUGUUCGUGGGAGUAAUAAGAUCAAGUUUGUUGUUAAAAAACCUGAACUAGUGGUGUCCUACCUGCCGCCGGGGAUGGCCAGCAAAGUAAACACGAAAGCUUUGCAGUCCCCCAAGAGACCGCGUAGCCCUGGGAACAACUCAAAGGUGCCUGAGAUUGAGGUCACCGUGGAAGGCCCUAACAACAACCCUCAGACCUCAGCCGUGCGGACUCCCACCCAGACCAAUGGCUCUAAUGUCCCCUUCAAACCCAGAGGGAGGGAGUUUUCCUUUGAGGCCUGGAAUGCCAAAAUCACAGACCUCAAACAGAAAGUGGAGAAUCUCUUCAAUGAAAAAUGCGGGGAAGCCCUUGGCCUUAAACAAGCCGUGAAGGUGCCAUUUGCUCUCUUUGAGUCCUUCCCAGAAGACUUCUAUGUGGAAGGCCUGCCUGAGGGUGUGCCCUUCCGACGGCCCUCCACUUUCGGCAUUCCACGGCUGGAGAAGAUCCUCAGAAACAAAGCCAAAAUCAAGUUCAUCAUUAAAAAGCCAGAAAUGUUUGAGACGGCGAUUAAGGAGAGCACCUCCUCCUCCUCCUCCUCUAAGAGCCCUCCAAGAAAGAUGAACUCAUCACCCAACGUUAAUACUACUGCAUCCGGAGUGGAAGACCUGAACAUCAUUCAGGUGACAAUUCCAGAUGAUGAUAAUGAGAGACUGUCCAAAGUGGAAAAGGCGAGGCAGCUCAGAGAACAGGUGAACGACUUGUUCAGCCGCAAGUUUGGUGAAGCUAUUGGCAUGGGUUUUCCCGUGAAAGUGCCAUACCGGAAAAUCACCAUCAACCCCGGCUGUGUGGUAGUGGAUGGCAUGCCUCCGGGAGUCUCAUUCAAAGCUCCCAGUUACCUGGAGAUCAGCUCCAUGCGGAGGAUCUUAGAUUCCGCAGAGUUCAUCAAGUUCACAGUCAUUAGACCAUUCCCAGGACUUGUGAUCAAUAACCAACUGGUUGAUCAGAGUGAGUCAGAAGGUCCAGUGAUACAAGAGUCCGCUGAGCAGAGCCAGUUGGAGGCCCCAGCCACAGAAGAAAUAAAGGAGACUGAUGGGAGCUCUCAGAUCAAGCAAGAACCCGACCCCACGUGGUAGACUUCUUCCCGCCCAGGCGUAAAGUAUCAGUCGUUGAAGAAGAGCUUUUCGGACCCGUUACUGCCCCGAGCUGUGUAAUAUACUUGUAUAACAGAAAUACCUUCUAUACAAACCUUUUUUUCUACUUUUAGAUAGAAAUGUCUACUUUUUCAGCAGUUCUGUGAAUUGAAUUAAAAAGCAGAGUGACUGUAGCUUUUUGGAAUGGCUGGUUGACUAUGGACUGCACCGGGCCAUGCCGGGAGCAACAGGGACACCGCAGGGGUGGGGGAGCCGGCUGUGACCACCCCCACCCUGAAGGGACAGCUCCGUGCCCACCGCCCGAUGAAGAUACCCACCGUGAGAGCUCAGUCCCAUAGUUUUUCUUUUUUUCUUUUUUUCCCUCCUGAUCUGAGAAAUCACUUCAACGACUUCCUGAAUGACUCCGUGAACAGUUAGCGUCUGUAUAUUUGACGAGCACCUUUUCCUAGGCUGUCUAUCAUGGUUCAUAUGGUUUUUUUUUUUAUCAGAAUUAAAAAACAAACAAACAAACAAAAAA